AUGCGCCACUUUGACGCCUGGGUCGUCCGAGACCCCUACUCAAUCUUCCACUAUUAUUCUACAGGUCGACGAUGGCAAGAUACAAUCCGCACUUUAAUCCAAGAGCGCAAGAUCUGUUCACCAAUCCAAGAAUCAAUUUCACCAAAUCUCUCACUCCCAGCCCAUCCCCAAGCAGAAUGUAAUCUCCUUUCCAAACUCCCACCCGAGAUUCGUCAAAUGAUCUGGAGCUACGUCUUUGGCGCCGAAACCCUUCGCCUCGUAACGGUAAAGAACAAAAUCCGUCACGUUCGCUGCAGUCACUCUACCUCUUUAACUCAACACCGAAACUGCUGUCCCGCAACAGCUGCACGAUGGCGAAUCCAGAAUCCCACGGCACCAGGAUCAGGACAUGCACAAUCCGAUCUACUUUAUCCACAUACACAUACCUCACUUCCAUCAAAUCUGAGUUCUAGUAGCCUAGGUCUACUACUUAGUUGUCGGGCUAUCUAUGCUGAAAGUAUCGAUCUACUUUAUCGACAAAAUACAUUUGACGUGGAUGAUCUAUAUACAUUUAUUGCGUUUGCCUCAUCGAUCGGACCAGUGUUACUUAAUACGAUUCGACGAUUAUCAGUCCAAUGGAUGCCUGUUUGGCAACCUUUAUCAGGACAAGAUCAUAAAGGAUCAAUAUACGCACACACGCAUAGUGAUGCGUUAUGGACUGAGUUCUGGGCUGUGGUUUCUGGUAUGACUGGAUUACGGGAACUGGGAUUAAGUAUUGAUCUUGGGAGGUUUACUGGGACCAGAGGGGGUGGAGGAGUCGUUGUUGUUGCGGGACAACGGAUUCCCUUGAUACUCACUGAAGCGUGGGUUUUACCGUUGCUCAGUGUGAGGGGAUUGGAUGCGUUUGAGAUGGCGGUUACAGCGAGAUGUGAUCCUGUGGUUAAGGGAGUCAUUGAAGGGGAGUUGGUGAGGGAUGCGGGGAUCUUGAGGGAUCAGUUGAGGAUGAUUAUGUGUUCGAAAAUGGGUGUUGAGUUGGGGGAGAUGGAGUUAGGAUUAAAGGAUUUCAAGUUAGCUUGUGCGUUGGAGGCUUUGAGGGAGGAAAGUCGUGAUGUUACUGGGCCAAGGUUGAUUACUGCUGAGUGA